AUGCCUCCAUUAAGGACUUUCGUCCCACAGGAAGAUAGAGCCGUUGGUUCAAAGCUAGGCACAGAAGCACCGGCAAUUGUGGGAUCAGUUGUGUCAGAUGAGGAAAGGGAGCAUUUAGCUCUGCCCACAUACAGAAUCCCAACUACUCCUCUUCCCUAUGAUCGGCAUCCUUACUAUGCUUCAUUGGCGUCAACACCGUCUCCCGUCACUAAAAAUUUAGGUGCAUCGAAGUAUCUGAUGAUAAUUCUAGGCGUUUGCUUAGGAUUGAUAUUUAUCUUCUAUUUGGGCAAAAAAUGUCUUCCAAGACGUAAGAAGAAGUCCAAAAAGGGCCUCAACGUGGAAGCAGAUGACAGCAAGGCCAUCAAGUUUGCAUCUUCAUUGAACAAACAACUCGAGGAUACGCAAGUUUUGACCGACAAUAUGGAAGAGGAUGAGAAAGAGAAAGUUGAGCUUGGAUCUUUACAGUACUCCAUUGAGUUCGAUUUUCAAAAGAAUGAACUGACAGUUGGAAUUAUUCAAGCUCGAGAUCUUCCAGCAAUGGAUAUGUGCGGAACAUCAGAUCCCUAUGUUAAAGUCUUCCUUCUACCAAACAAAAAGAAGAAGUUCGAAACUAAAGUUCAUCGGAAAACACUGAAUCCGGUCUUUAAUGAGAGUUUUAUCUUCAAGUUGCCAUAUGCCGAGAUACCCGGUACAACGCUAGUGCUCUAUGUCUACGACUUUGAUCGAUUUUCAAAACACGAUCAAAUUGGUCAAUUGAAGAUUCCCCUCGGCUCUAUUGACCUGUGCCAAACUCUGGAAGAAUGGCGUCCCAUUGAACCUACGGACGCAGAAAAUGAAAAGGAGAACAGGCUUGGCGACAUUUGUUUCUCUCUUCGCUAUGUUCCCACUUCAGGGAAAUUGACAGUCAACAUACUUGAGGCGAAGAAUUUGAAAAAGAUGGAUGUUGGCGGUUUAUCUGACCCUUACGUGAAGCUCUCAUUGAUGCUCCAAGGAAGGAGAAUUAAGAAAAAGAAAACAACCAUUAAAAAGUGUACCCUCAAUCCAUACUACAACGAAUCCUUCUCGUUCGAUGUUCCCUUUGAUCACAUACAAGUAAGUGAAUCAAUUUUUCCACUUUGGAAAUACGAAACAAAGAAUUGGGGAAUCCGUUGCAAACAAACCAUCUGUUGUUUAGUGCUUGUGAAAGCGAAACCAUAUGCCAGAUGGGCUAUUCAUUUUAGAUCCUUGAGUUCAAGCAGAACUAAUGUCAUUGCUGUGAAUUUGAGCCUAAAAAAACAUUGCGUCUCUCUAUGCUUUUUUUCUAAACCCUUUACCAAAUACUAG